AUGUUAAACAUCAAAGUUAUUUAUCAAUCGACAGCACGUAGAUUCACAAUUCAAGACUCUGAAAAAAUUACUUGGUCAGAAUUCGAGAAACGUACUCGUAAUUUAUUCAAUCUACCCUCUUGGACUCAAUUCACUCUUUCGUAUACUGAUGAGGAAGGAGAUAAUAUCACUUUAUCUACGGAUUUUGAACUUGAAGAAGUGAUUAAUGACCAUAUUCACAAUAAAAAUAAUAAAAAGAACAAUUCUUUGAAAUUUAAUGUAAAAACAAUUGACAAUAAUCACAGCAAUGAUGAUAAUCAGAUUAAUAUAAUAUCGGAUACUUUUGGAAUCGAUGAAGUUCCUUCGUUCGCGCGUGAUAAAAAUGAAGCCUCUUCGUUCGCACGUAAUAAAAAGAAAGAUGAUGUAGUAUUGGAAGAAGAGGAAGUAGAUGAAUUUGUCAAUAUUGAACCCACUUUUCAUCCCACAAUUACAAUUGGCGUUGAACAAAAAGAAAAAGAACCUAUCAAAGAAAAUUCUAGUAAAGAUAAUGCUAUUAAUAAAAAAGAAUCCAAUAUAGAAAAAAGGUCUAAAGAUAACAAAUUUGAACAAUUGCCUCCUCCGGUUCCAUUACCAUCACAAGAUCAACAAGCUUCUGUAACAGCUCUUGCACAAGAAUUUCAAAUUCUUUUGGAUCAAAAUCAACCAUAUAUAUUAAAUACUUUUACAUCUCUUUGGCGAAAUCAUGAUGCUGAUAAUGGUACUCAAGGAUCGGGAGCAGGAGUACAUCAAGAGCAAGAUUACUCACAUGAACUUUCGCCAAAUGCAAUUAAUUCAAUAUUAGAUGCAUUAGAUGCGAUGGGAUUCGGAAACGAUCAACAAAAUAAAGAGCUGUUGUAUAUGUAUAAUGGAAAUGUGGAAUCGGUGGUUGAAGAAUUACUUGCUAAACGCGCAGAACAUUAG